AUGGAAUCGGAAGAGCCACUUUUGCUGCCAGAAAACGAGGAAAAAACAAAAGAAUUUGUAUCAAAAUGGGGGACUUUUGGUGAAGAACUAAACAGGGUAAAUUUCAUUGCAUUGCCAAUGAUAGUUGUGACAGUAUCGCAGUAUUUGUUGCGAGUUUCACCGAUGUUUAUGCUGGGGCAUCUUGGUGAACUAUCUCUAUCCAGUGCAUCGAUAGCCACCUCCUUUGCAAAUGUGACUGGAUUCAGUGUACUGUUUGGAAUGUCUAGCGCAUUGGAAACUCUCUGUGGACAGGCAUAUGGAGCACAGCAAUAUCAAAGAGUCGGAACUUUUACAUACAGUGCUAUUUUAUGUCUCUUUGUGGCGUGUUUACCUGUAUCCCUUUUGUGGAUCUACACAGAUAAGCUGUUAAUAGUGAUAGGCCAAGACCCUUUAAUCUCAUUAGAAGCUGGGAAAUUUGCAAUUCGGCUUAUUCCUACACUAUUUCCUUAUGCCAUUCUUCAGUCUCUGGUUCGUUACUUGCAGACUCAAAGUUUGAUCCUUCCGAUGCUUUUGAGUUCACUUGCAUCUCUACUCUUCCAUUUGCCCCUUUGUUGGGCUUUUAUUUUCAAGUUAAAUCUAGGAAAUUCUGGAGCAGCACUUUCCAUUGGUAUAUCGUAUUGGUUUAAUGUAAUUUUGCUAGUGCUUUACGUGAAAUAUUCUCCGACCUGUGAGAAAACACGUGCUUCAUUCUCGAGGGAUGUCUUCCGAACUAUGGGGGAGUUCUUUCAUUUUGCUAUACCCUCUGCUGUGAUGGUUUGCCUCGAGUGGUGGUCGUUUGAGCUAGUCAUAUUGCUUUCAGGAGUGUUGCCAAAUCCACAGCUAGAAACUUCGGUUCUAUCUGUCUGCUUUACGACUACUUCGUUGCACUAUCACAUACCAUAUUCUUUUGGGGCUGCUGCAAGCACUUUGGUUUCUAAUGAAUUGGGAGCCGGAAAACCACGUGCUGCGAAAAUUGCUCUCUAUGCUGUGCUGGUUCUCUCCGUUGCGGAAAUUGUUAUAGCAAGUGCUGCUAUUUUCAUUUCGCGUCAUGUAUUGGGAUAUGCAUUUAGCGAUGAAAAGGAAGUUGUAUUUUACGUCAAAGAAAUGGUUCCUUUCCUUUGCAUGUCGAUCAUCGUUGAUAGCUGGCAAGCAGUACUUUCUGGUGUAGCUAGAGGUAGCGGGUGGCAGCAUAUUGGUGCCUAUGUCAAUCUCGGUGCGUAUUACCUCGUCGGGAUCCCAGUAGCUUUAGUACUGGGAUUUGUUUUGCACUUGAAAGGGAAAGGGCUUUGGAGUGGAUUGGUAGCCGGAGCAACUGUUCAAUCUAUCGCGCUUUCUCUUAUAACAGGUCUCACGAAUUGGGAGGAUCAGGCAAUGAAAGCCAGGAAAAGGGUAUUUGCGGAUAAAAUUCCAGGGAAAUUCUACCUCGAUUCUGGCAUUGAUAUCGAUACAAUGAAAUAG